AUGACCUCGUUCCGGGUUCCGCGGCUACAUAAUCUAGCGAAAUGCCACAAUAGAUUAUUCCAGCCUCAACAACGAAGAUGGGCCCAAGUACAUGAUGUGCGUUUCCUGGCCACCCAUCGAAACCCCGAUCAAAUUCUGGAUAGAUACAAGCACAAGCUUGAUCAGAAAGCGAAGCAGGAGGGUCAUGAGUCGAUAGAGUCUUUGAAAGACGCAUACAAAGAUAAGAUCAGCGAGUAUCGUCGCAACGCAUCCACCGUCGCAACGCCUGAGCCGUCACCAGUUCCUUCAUCGGGUAGCGCAUCCCCUAUCUCUACGUAUUCCUCCUCUUCAUCCACUUCCGCAAACUCGCCGGCAUCGACCCAAAUUGCUGCGGCUGCCAAAGCAGCCACGGACCCUAACACACCAGGCAUCAAGCCACUGAGCUCCUAUUUGAAUGUCGAAAAGAUCCUUACUCUUCCGCCGAAAGAAAUUGAGAGUCUCUGGAGACUGCGCCAUGCGAACAAUGCACGGUCGAUCUGCGCGGUCAUCCCACUAGAGACUUAUCAACGAAUGGCGGCAGCGGCGCGCUCGAAUCCGCAAUUUAUUCUUCCUUUGCCACGACAAGGCGACAACGCGCAAUCAGAAGAUUCAGCUGCUGUAGAAGGUGGUGCUGACAUCCAUUUUUUGCAAUGGGGAUUCCAUCCUCCUGCCACAUCGUCUUCGUCGCCCCUCCAGACAGCCAAUACACAUACCUCCACAAUCGUUUUCACACACCUGGCCGCUUAUAAGCUGCACGGCUCAUAUGCGCAACCUCAUACAACGAUCACCCACCAUCUUGACUUGGCCGAUGAGAAGGGGAUAGUGCUUAUGCACGGACAAGUCAUGCCAGAUAGCGGCGUGUCGGUUUCUGAAGCCAGCUGGCUGGUUAGCUGCGUGCAGCGAUUUUAUGAUUUUGAUGGUGAAGGUAGUGGGCGCAAAGGCGAGUUGCUGCGUAUGUUUACACGCGGAGAUGUGGAAGGCUUCAAGGUCGAGGAUCUUGUCAGUGAGGCAGAGACACUCUCUUAG